UCACGCCGAGGCUGUUGAAACAGAAGCUGGAGGACGGGAAGCAGGAACUAAGACGAGGGAAGUAAGAAGUGUAUAAUGAGAGCACUGAUGUUACGCUCAUCGGUCCGGUGUUUGGUGACAGUUUUCGGCACAUUUUCCGCCUCUAGCCGCAAAGUUAUUGCACAAGCAGCAGCUGUUUCGCACCAGUAUUAUUUCAGAAAAACGAUGCACUAUCAAACGGAGCAGAGAGGACACCAGAACUCUCCCGACUACCGGCUUUAUUUUAAAACCUCAGAUGGGAAAUACAUUUCGCCAUUCCACGAUAUUCCACUAAUAGCAGAGACAGAACAGGAAAAUGAUGUACCUGCUAAAAAGUCCAAGAAGAGUGAGAGUGAGGUGCUCUACAACAUGGUAGUGGAGGUACCAAGAUGGUCAAAUGCUAAAAUGGAGAUUGCGAUAAAGGAACCGCUGAAUCCGAUCAAGCAAGAUGAAAAGAAAGGAAAGCUCCGAUAUGUUGCCAACAUAUUUCCCCAUAAAGGUUACAUUUGGAAUUAUGGGGCACUUCCACAGACGUGGGAAGACCCGGGCCAGAAAGACAAAGAAACUAAUUGUUGUGGUGACAAUGACCCCAUUGAUGUUUGUGACAUAGGCACCCAGGUGUGCUCUACUGGUCAGGUUAUCCAAGUAAAAGUGCUUGGCAUCUUGGCCAUGAUUGAUGAAGGAGAAAUGGACUGGAAGGUCAUAGCUAUCAAUGCUGAAGACCCUGAUGCCAAAAAUCUAAAUAAUAUAGAGGAUGUCCGCAAGAACCGACCCGGUCAUUUAGAGGCCACUGUUGAGUGGUUUAGGAAAUAUAAGGUGCCGGAUGGAAAGCCUGAAAACAAAUUUGGAUUCAAUGGGGAGUUCAAAGACAAGGACUUUGCAGUUGAGAUCAUUAAGUCCACCCACGAGCACUGGAGGGCACUAGUACAGAAGCAAAAAAAUACUGGAGGAAUUGACUGCAAAAACACGUUAUGUUGUGAUAGCCCUUGGAGAUGUACCACUGAUAAGGCCAGAGAAGUAGUUCAGUCGGCUCCUGCAUUUGGCAGCGCACAUCCUGUGUCUCCAGAGGUGGAAAAGUGGCAUUUUGUCUGACUCUCCCAAAACAGCAUGGAUACAGUCAAAACGUCUGAACACCUUAUGAGGGAUUCUUCUGCAUUCUUAUUUUGUAUGGAGCCAUUUUAAAGAGAGCCAUCGACACUCUGUUAUUUGUUGAAUAAAAGAAACACACCAAGCGAAGAAUUGUGCUAAAGUACCAGACUUGAAGUCGGGUCUGAUUUAUGGUGCCACAAUUGACACGUGUUUGAAUUUUUUGCUAGUAUGCCAAUUAUCAUUUGUCAUGGGGGAAAAAGGACUCAUUUUUUAUGAUUGUGAAUCAUGCUGUAUUUGUAUUCCAGGACUGUUGUGGCCAUGUCUAGUUUAUAUUUAUAUAGUCCUCUAAUUUCCUGUACAAAUGUAAUUGUUCUUUCAGAUACAGAACCACACACUUUAUAUGUAACAAGUAAACGUUUGGAUAAAUUAAAAGGAAAAUCUUAAA